ACCUAAAAUUUAUGUCCACAAAAGCAAGUUAGAUGUAAAUCUUGCAAAUGAAAUGAACGAAAUAGAAUUAUGGCAAUAUUUUGCAAAAGAACUCAUGAUGUCGAAACUGUCCUCGCCGAAACGCAAGUUUUUAGCUGUAAUCACAAACACUGAGUACAAAAGUAGUGAUGCGACAAGUUUGUGCUAUGAUGAUAUUAAAAAACUGACCAAUUGCUAUGCAAGUGUGGGUAAAGGGAAUCUAGCUUUAUUUGGAAAUCCUUUCUUUUACACCUGGCCUGUGGAAAUAAGUGAAGUACAAAAUCGUUUUCAGGACAACGUGCUAGAGUCCUUUAUUACCCAAAACAAAGAAGUUGAUCCUGUGAUAAAAACCAUUGGAGGUUGUUACUCGUUCAGUUUUGGGGCUGCUCUUCAUGAACUUGCUCAUAUAUUUGAUUUGGGGCAUACUCAAUAUGGUUUAAUGGGUCGUGAAUAUUUUAACAUAGAUAAAGUGUUCAGUUUUGGACGAUACGACUUGAAUCCACAAGCUCCUUACAGUGAUUUAAAUACAAGUAAUGAUGAUAAUAAAAGCAUGAGCUGUAAUAGGAAGUCCUUCACAGUUUUUAAAAAGCCAGUAAAGCCUCAAACUACAAAUUAA